AUGCGCCAGCGCUCAAACUCUGCGUCUUCCGAGGACGAUGACUACCUUGCAGAUUCCUCUGAACUUCAUCUUCAUUUUGAUAACAAGAGUUUCGACGACACGUUCAAUGAAAAUGAAUUCAUAGAUAUGGUUUUAAACAGAAGAUCAGACCGAGGACACGAGAGCGCGUUCGGACGAGCUCUGCAAGCCCGCGAAAAAGAGUAUAAUGAAAACGCAGAGCCAACCCUUGACUUCCAAACGCCAAUUCCCAACUCUGUGGCAUCGUCCACUCCAAGACUGGUUCCGCCGCAGAAUGUGGGGAUAUUACAGAGCCACCGCAGAAACGUGUUAAAUGAACGUCUUGACAGCGCCAAAUCAGAGCCGAAUCAGGUUCAGAAACUGGUGGUCAAGUUUGACGAUACCGUUCAGGAUAAGGAGAAUCAUCAUCAUGUUCAAAAACUCAAAGCUCUGCAAACAGAAAAGGACCAGCUUCAAACCAAGAUUGAAGAGUUGGGUUCACAGAAUACGAAAUUAUUAAUCGAUCUGGAUACAAAGAACAAGGAGAUUGAAGACCUACACAAAAGAAUAGACUCCCUGAUAGACAGCCGAAGUGUUAUUCAGAAGGAGCUGGACUCUUUCAAGGAAAUGAUCUUGGGAAGGGAGGAACUACAGAAGGAUCUUGACUUGCUGCGCAAGUCCAAAGAGUCAUUGGAGUUGGAGAAUGUGAACUUGAAGACUGCUGUGCAGGACCAGGAGACCAAGCUUCUCGAUUCUGAGAAGAGAAAUUCCGAGCUGGAGAUGAAACUAAAGGAACAGAUGGACUCAGUUGCCAAGUUGUCUAUUGAAAAGGAAACAGCAAUAACCACGGCUGCCGAGCUCUGCGGAGUACGUACAGAGCUGGACAACGUAAAGAAAGAAUUGCAUAUCUCUCGUGACCAGAACCAAACCUUGGAGAGAGAAAAGGAGAGACUACAAGUACAACUGGAGGAUAAAACGCAAAAGCUUUUGGACUCUGAAAAACACAACUCUGAGGUUUCCGAGCAGCUAGACACCCACAAAAUCCAAACAGAAAAGGAGAAAGGACAUCUUUUGACGGAACUGCAUGACGCGCGAAACCAUUUAGAUCAGUUGCUGCAGGAACGGCAGCAUGCAGAAAAAAGACUUGAGGAUUAUGAGUAUCUCAUUGAGUCGCUAAAAUUGGAGAAUGAAAAGCACGUUGCCAAGCACGGGGAUUUGAAUUCCCAGCUAACGAAAGAGGAUCUCAAAAAUUAUGCAUUAUUGAAGCUUGAAGAGAUCGACUCAUUGACGUUCGUGGAACUUGCCAACAACAUGAAACAACUGCUUCACACGUUCGGGAUUCGCUACCAAAACUUUGGUCCCUACUUCCAUUUCUUGAGACAGUCGUUUGAUUACUACGAGCAGUUUGCGCUGAACUUGCACGAGCUUCUAUACAAUGAGAAGCCAAUGAAUCCGGAGCUCCUUAUUUCCCAAAACCUACGCAAAUUUUCGCCCGUUAAUGUCAAGAGUCUGAAGCGCUGUCUACAAGGCAUGCUGGAUGCUGUGGAUACCAGAAUGUAUGGACAAUAG